AUGACCGGUCAAUCCGUUCCUGACUAUUACACCCUGCUGGGUGUCAAGCCAAGCUCUUCCAAAGAAGAGAUCAAGUCAUCCUACAAACGACGUUCCCUCUCCACUCAUCCGGAUCGUUUUCCACACGCCAGCGCUUCCGAGCGUUCUGCCUACACUGCUCGAUUUCAGUCUCUAGCUGAUGCCUACUACGUUCUUUCAGACGAUGCUAGACGAGCGGAGUACGAUACGCUGAGAAAGGAGUACGGGACGAGCAACGAUGGAGGAGUUGGCAUGGAUUCCCAGGACGUACCGGGCGGCAUGCACUGGAGCGACGAUCCGUUUGAGGGUCAGCAGAGCAGUAAAAACUUCUUUGAGAGCUUUAAAGGUUUUGCUGGAUUUGGAGCAGGCGCUGGCGCUGCGAACGAUCAAGCGGGACCAUCUAGCGCUGGUAGCUCGACGACAAACGCAGGGCAGGGUCAACCUGAAGGUGAGUUCAGCGCAGCGAGGUACUGCGCUAGACGCACACUAACAUUCCCACUUGACAUCCUCUUUCCUCAUCUCUUUAAUGUCCUCCUCACCAUCACACCUCGGUCGACGCAGCGGACCAAGUAUUCGGAUCAGUGUUCGAGGAACUGCUCAGACCCGAGGUGGAGAGGGUAGCGCCCAUUUGGAAAUGGGUAGGAUCAGCCUCGGGCGCAGGGCUGGGUUUCAUCGUCGGAAACAUUCCGGGUCUGGUGGCAGGUGCUUUCGUGGGCAACAGAUUGGGCGCUGUGAGUAUGCAUUGUGAUCUGACUCCAGGCAACAGAUUGGAGGCAUGUAUGCGCUCGGAAGAUGUAGCUUUUUGUGUUUGGCGCGAGAAUAGUCGGAUCAGCUACUGAUCCGCACAUCUUUUGCUCUCCCGCGCCUCUUGAAUCAUCUUGCCCGAUCACGAAUCCCACCACAGAUUAGAGACGCAAAAGGCAGGUCGGUGGGACAAGUAUUCAUGACGCUGAAUACUAGUCAGAGGGCAGAAGUGCUCAAGGCGCUGGCGGUCAGGGUGCUCGGGUCCAUUUAG